UGGCAAAGGAAGAAAAACCAGCGGCUUGCGAUUAAUCCCGUCAAUUUCUUCUCUACGCGGACACUUGCCCUCCCACGGAGCCAGACGACGCCGAUUAUUUUGGGCGAAAGAGGGAGAGGAACCGGCAGGCUUCGAGUUUUGGCUCUCGAAGCGAAGCCUCGGUUGGAGGUACUCAAUUGAAGGCUUCAAUCGGGUUCUCUCCGUUUUACUUGCGAUUCCAUGGGAGUGUCACCAUCCAAGGAAGAAUUGGUCUACCAGCAGGUCGGCUAUGGCAACGUCGAGGGGAUUAGGGCGCUUCGCAGCCAAGGUGCUGGGCUUGAGUGGAUAGAUAAAGAAGGGAAGACCCCUUUGAUCGUCGCAUGCUUGAGGCAUGAUCUCCUCCCUGUUGCCGAAGCUCUGAUUGACUUGGGUGCCAAUGUCAACGCUUAUAGGCCUGGAAGCUAUGCGGGAACUCCCUUGCACCAUGCUGCAAAAAAGGGCUGUGAACAAAUGGUCCACCUCCUCCUUUCCCAUGGAGCAAAUCCUUGUGUCCUGAAUGAUGAUUGUCAUACUGCUCUUGAUUUGGCGAGAGAAAAAGGUCAUUUAAGAGUUGUCAGGGCCAUUGAGAGCCGAAUUUCUCUUUUCUCUGGAUGGCUGAGGGAGGCCUUUGGACCUGGUUUCUUAGAAACAUUUGCUCCACAACUACUGAUUCGUAAAAUUUGGGCUGUGGUUUUGCCAUGUGACCCUCGCAAUCCAAAAAAUCCUAGCAAGUUUGAGUUAGUUAUCUAUCCUGAUUUGCAGACUGCUAGGCCACGCUCUGUUGUUUCACUCUGGAAAGCUCACAUUGAAGAACCCAAGUUCAACCAAGUAGAUCCUGCUAUUGUCAUUGUUGAAAAAGCUACAAGAACACGGUAUAAGCUUUUCGCUGCAAAUGAAGGUGACAAACAACAAUUACAGUGGUUCUUGAGUGCAUGCCGAGGAAUUCCCCAGAUCACCUCUAUUGUACAGGUCACCUCUACUCUUCCAGAAAUGCAGAUAGGUGUUUCAAUUCCCAAUCCACCCCAAACAGUCUCGAACGUUUCGACACAAACAGCAGCUGCAACUAAACGUACUAAGGAAGAUAUAGAAAUGGAGAUGGCUAUAAAUGCCUCCAUACAGACGGCUAUGGCAGAGGGAAUGGCUCCUGUUCAAUCUAAUCCACAAACUAGCGAGACAAAUGGUUGGGGUUGGGGAACCAUUUCAGAAAAUACAGCUUACAAUGGUUUGGGUUGGGGAACCAUUUCAGAAAAUACAGCUUACAAUGGUUUGGGUUGGGGAACCAUUUCAGAAAAUACAGCUUACAAUGGUUGGGGCACGUCAGGCACCUCAAAUGUUAAUACUACUUCAAAAAUGAAUAGUAGAGUGCCUGUAAAUCAACCAAAUUCAACGAAUGGAUGGGCUGUGCCUGUGGUUCAAUCAGAUGCUUUGCCACCUCCUGUCCAGAACCUUGAACCACCAGUUAUUCAACCAUCUCAUGAAGCUCCUUCUGCACCUCCUAUAUCUGAGGACACAUUGUUUGAUUCCCCUAUCCACUACCCGUCCAUCGAUAGCAGCCCCAUCAAUAUGAGCAUGACAACCAUGGAGACUGUUCCUGGUAUCCCUGAAACUAAAGUUGCCGGUGCACCCUCCAAAACAGAAUCCAGUGGAGAAAAACCAGGCAGUAGUGGCACAUCUGGCUGUUGCGUUAUCUGCUUGGAUGCUCCAGUGGAAGGGGCAUGCAUUCCUUGUGGGCAUAUGGCCGGAUGCAUGUCAUGCUUAAGGGAGAUUGAAUCAAAGCAAUGGGGAUGCCCUGUUUGCCGUGCCCAGAUUGACCAGGUUGUAAGGCUCUAUGCUGUUUGAAGGAUCCUACGCUGUGAAUUGUGUUAAGCAGUCAAUCAGAGUUAUCAUGCCGUUUGUGAACAAAUAACUGAUAUUUAUCAUGUUCUGUAUGUCAAGCAUUUGGAGUUAUACUGAGUAAUAUUUUGGUUUAAAUGUUGGGCGCAAAACAAUAAGUGAUAUUGGUGGUGCUGUGGGCAGUGGAUAUUGGGGUUCUGAACAUGCUGUCAAUUAUUAAAAUAGUAAAUUAUGUUCAAGUUUAAA